AUGACGGGUAUCCAGCGCAUCGCUCCCCCCGCCGUGCACCGCAUCACCUCCAACCAGAUCGUUCUCGACCUGCAGACCGCCGUCAAGGAGCUCGUCGAGAACGCGCUCGACGCUCACGCGUCCAGCAUCGACGUCCGAUUUUCCGACUAUGGUGCCACAUCACUCGACGUCGUCGACAACGGCACCGGAAUCCCGCCUGAGGACUGGCACGCCGUCGGCCUCAAGUACCACACCAGCAAGAUCGCUGCAUGGACCGACCUGGCCAGCGUCGCCACGUUUGGAUUCCGCGGUGAGGCCAUCAGUAGCCUCUGCGCCCUCUGCCGCAGCGUCUCGCUCGCAACCACCACGCAUAACGCCGGACCGCUUGCCACCAUUCUACCCUUGAAACACGACGGCUCGCUCGACGUGCCGUCUGCACCAGAUGGCCAGCCGGACCUAUCGGCGCUGCCCAAAGUAGCCAGGCAGCGCGGCACCACUGUCUCCAUCCAUGGCCUCUUUGAUAAGCUUCCUGUCCGCCGCAGAGAGUUUGAAAGAAACAUAAAGCGCGAAUAUGCCAAGACCCAGGCCUACCUCCAGGCCUACGCCCUCAUCAGCAAAGGCGUCCGUUGGUCCGUGUCCAAUACACCCAAGGGAGGGCGCAAACAAGUCGUCCUCACCCUAACACCUCCCCGUACGAUGUUGAAAGCGGCACAGGAUCCAAGCAAGCACCUACUAAGCAACGUCACUUGCCUCUUUGGACCCAAGGUGGCCAGCUCGGUCAUCCCUCUUGCGCUGAACGUCGAACUUGCUAGCCAGCACGGCGAUACCGGAUCAUCGGUGGGGCGCGGGCACCCUCCUCGGAAGAAGGCGCGUGUGGAGUCAACUAGCGAGUCAGACGAGGACGAGCAGCCUGCCGCGGAUCCCGCAGACGGUCUCGACCGACGGAGAGGAACGCUGCGUAUUCACAUCACGGGUCUCAUCUCACGCCCAUCUUCCACCUUUUCCCAUUCAUCCUCCAACCGACAGUUCUACUACAUCAACGGGAGGCCUUGGGACAUCCCCGCCCGCCUUUCUCGCGCAUUCAACGAAGUCUACCGUUCGUUUCACACCAACGACCAGGCCACCACCACCAACACCGCUGCAUCUACGUCCACCCCUACGGGCACGCCCCUCGGGCGCUCCUCCUCCGCUUUAUCCGCAAGCGCUGCCGGUCGCGUCGACGGCUCGACCUCCGGAGGGAUGACCGCCGGCGGGUCGCAGGCCAGCGCCUUUCCCUUUGUGCUCGCCAACUUUGAGAUGCCGCCGGACAGCUACGACAUUAACAUGAGCCCGGAUAAGCGCACAAUUUGGCUCGCACGCGAGAAGGAGGUCGCUGAGGCACUGCGCGAGGCCCUCGAGGCGCUCUACAAGCCCUGGAGGUCCACAUUCGCCGUCGGUGCCGCUAGUGCCGGGGCGCUGAGAAGCGCCGGAGCCGCAAAUCGGUCCGACAAGCGGCCAGGCGGCGUCAAAGGCACUGUGGAUAGAGCAGUGCAAUCCAAUGUGCAGAAAGCGCGUCAGACGCCGACACGCCUUGCGUUGCAGCCAGUCGCCUCCGACGUAGGAGACCAAGGAAACUGUAUCGAGAGUGACCAGACAGGCUAUCCAUCUGAAGCUGACUCACAAGAUAUGGACGACUUGCCAAGGCGCGCGCAGAGCAGAGCGCAUAGUGACGCAUCGCAUUUGGGCAAUGAGCCAGAAGCAGCAAAAGAGAUGUCGCAAAACGAAGGGCAUAGCGACGCUGCGCUGGUUAAAAUGCAAAGUCAUGAAGCCCCUUCUUCGUCAUCUACGCCUACGACUUGGCACCCACCCCAAGAAGCUCGUUUGCAGGGCGGUGACGCGCGGUCUCGACCGCCAGUGCGGCGUCGCGAGUCUGUCCCUGACAGCGUGAGCCCUGCGAAACGCGCCGAAACGACCCUGAAGGACAUCCUGCUAAAGGGUUCGCAAGGGAAGGAAGAGCGGACGUGGAAGACACAAUCUUGUCUUGAUUCCCGGGGGAUCGAUUCCGAGAAAGAGGCUCCGCCUUGCGACGAAGUGGCCAUGGAACAGGACAGCGUCAACGUCGAUGCACGAUUGUCAGAAGGGUUGAGCCUGGGAGAGGACUACGAGCAGCUCCGGGAAGGCCAUGACGAAGAAGUGCACCACUUCGCGCCACCGGCGAGCAUGCGUGGCGCUCGAGCAAAUGCACACAGUGGUUUGAUGCUGGAAGAAGAGCGGCAACUCAACCUCGCCCGCUUGGAUGACGUCAGCGCUGAGGAAGCGGGCGAACCGAGUCAAGAGGAGGUACUGCGUACCGCCCUCCCCCUUGAACAGCGCAGUAUCGCUGUCGAUUGGGGCCAAGUUCGAAAGAGGGCUUCGCGGUUGCGUCGUCCGAAAGCCUCAGAGGCUGUGUUCCCUUACCAACAGGAGUCGCAUGCAGAUGAGGAAACAGGUCGAAGCGAUACAGUAGUCGCUGAAGGAGGGGAGCAAGCUGAACGCUCCGGUCUGACGUACCGUCCGCGCACCAAGAUACACGGAGCUGGCGUGCACAACCAAGACGCUUCUGUCGCCGAAGGCGAGCUGAACAGGACGAUUCAUCAGGUCGAUUUCUUGUAUCGCAUGACCAUCUCUGGGCAGUUCAAUCUCGCUUUCAUCAUCGCGCGGCGACUGGCGCGGCGAGACGCCGCCGCCGAUGGCCAGGUCACAGGACAAGGCGAGGACGAUGACCUCUUCAUUAUUGAUCAGCAUGCUGCUGAUGAAAAGUACAAUUUUGAGGAGCUUCAAAAGGUGACCAAGAUCCGAAGCCAGCCUUUGAUAGUCCCUCGCACGCUCGAGCUAUCCGCUGCCGACGAGCUGGUUGCAUUCGAGCACAUGGACACGCUCAAGCACGACGGCUUUGACAUUCGUUACGAUGAAGAUGCUCCGCCCGGCACACGUGUCACGCUCCUUUCGCAACCGGUCAGCAGAGGCACCAUCUUUGGAAUCAAAGACCUCGAAGAGCUGCUGCACCUCCUCGCAGACGUCUCACCUGGCACCGCCAAAGCGGCCAGCGUGCGCUGCAGCAAGGCACGCGCGAUGUUUGCGAUGCGUGCAUGCCGGAAGAGCGUCAUGGUCGGCAAGGCGUUGAGUCGCCGACAGAUGACGGCCAUCCUGAGACACAUGGGGACCAUGGAGUCACCCUGGAACUGCCCGCAUGGUCGCCCGACGAUGCGACAUCUUGCGAACCUAAACACUGUCCCCAUCUCUAGCGCUGCCCCAAGGCCGAGCUGCAUGGCAGUACCAGAAAUCAAGUGGAGCGAGGCGCUCAGCGGCUACUCCGCCCGGCGUAGGGGAGGGCGAUACGCUUUUGAGCCUGAUGCGAAUGGCAAGCCAAUCGCAGCCAUACAAUCGAUCCAACACCUGCUCGCCAAAGCAUGGACGUUGCCCAAGGCGGCGAAACAUUUAACGGUCGUUGCUGCGCCAAUGUACGACGAGCGCUCGCAAUCUGCAGGAGUAUAUGCAAAUGCGCUCAAGUAUAUUGCGGCUGAAGCAAGGUACAAGGCAUGCAAGACGGCGGUGACGACGCUCGGUAGAAUGGGCUAUGCGCGCGAGUACCAUGUUAAGAGACACAUCGAAGAGAUUAGCUCAAGCGUCUACGCUGGUCUCCCCUUUGCAUCCACCAAGGACGAAGCCAAAAAUCUCGAACACGAAGUCAAAGACGCUGGAACUGUUGCAAAAGAUGUCCGGAAGCCUGCGGUGAAGGCCGCAGAGCCUGCAAACCCGCCAAAAGGCGCUUACGGGCCAAAUGAUGCUGAGCCGCUCAAGGCUGCUGUGCCACCAAAGGCAUCUCCUGCUGCUGCAAAACCACUUGAGGAGGAAAAGCCUAAGGGAAAUGUUGUGAAAGCAGCUGACAAGGUUAAGGAUCUCGUGACGAUCGCAUCAACCGUGGCCGGCAGUGCCCCUUUGUCCAGUAAGAGCGGCUAUUCUGGAUCCGCCUCUUCAGCUUCAGCUCGGGAUCUUGCAAACCAGCGACCCAAAGCCCAAGCCUGCCCUUAG